CUUCUUGACCUCAACGAAACAACGUCGUUGAAGCUCGACUUGCCCUUUACAUUACCGGCCAAAACCGAACCGGUAUGUAUUCUUCAUUGUCGUGGAAUGAUUUGUCUGACUCUUAACAACAGUGAGCUAGCGAUCUGGAAAAUAGGUUCGGAGGAAUUCAUGAGAAUACCAAUGGUUGAACCGGGCCAACCCACAAAUCUUUUGGGAUUUGGUUAUGACAGGCUUUCUGAUGAUUACAAGAUUGUGAUGAUAAUCAGUUCCAAAACCUAUAUUUAUGCAUUGAAAGGAGGCAUUUGGAGAGAAAGUGUACCAAACACUUCUCUCCAUUGCAAAUUCAAAGACCCGACCGGUAGGGUUGUGGAACACUGUAUGUAUGAUAGCAGACCGGUCUCACAACAAAAACCCACCAAGGAAAACCACCAUCCUGUGGACAAGAAGAUCAUGCAGUGGAACAUCGACCUGUGGAUCUAUAUGAAGGACAAUGUCAAAGGAUUCAAAAAGUUUGAUGUUGGUUUAGCGUGCUUAGCAAGAAACGAGAAAUUUGAUGUUGGGUUUGCGUGUAUAGCAAGAAACGACGAACUCUUCAUAGUGGUAAAAGGUAAUGGAAAAGGAGAAGACAAGCUUUUGGUGUAUAACGAGAUGCGAGAGAAGUUCACUGAAGUUCCAUUAAUUGGUAAUUCUUUGAAAGGGUUUAGAUGUAUGACAAUAUGA